AUGGAUGAGAAACAACGUCUGACGGCCGACGAGGCUUGCGAGGUCAUGGCACCCCCUCGCAAAAGCCCGUCCCCCGCGAAGAAGGCAGUCAUCGCUUGCUUCGCAUUCUGGCUGCUGUCUCUGACAUUUGCCUACCACCCCGUGAAGUCAUGCUACCACCGUAUGAGAAACCCCGGGACGGCACCCCUUACAGUUGAGGAUAGGGCCCACGCUAUCCUCUCACAGACGCCAUUGAUCGGUACGAGCCCUGCCCAGCACUCCCAUGCGACAAGAUGGUUACUGACACUACGCGCAGACGGCCAUAACGAUCUUCCCAUCCUCGUCCGGGCUUACUUCAAUAACCACAUCUACGGGAAGAACUUCACCGAGCCCUUUGAGAACGGCGGUCUCGUCGGCCAUGUUGAUCUGCCCAGACUUCGCAAGGGUCAGAAUGGAGGCGCUUUUUGGAGCGUCUACACCCCAUGCCCGGCAAAUGGCAGUGACUUUUCCGACGAGAACUACGCCGAAAGCGUCCAAUGGACCCUCGACCAGAUCGAUGUCAUUACCCGCAUCAAAGAUGCCUACCCCAAGGACUUUUCCCCCAACCUGGACAGCGGUGCCGCCCUAGCGGCUUUUGAGAAGGGGCAACUGAUCUCGCCCCUGGGAGUCGAGGGGCUGCACCAGAUCGGCAACUCAGUCGCCAAUCUCCGACGUUAUCAUGCUUUGGGCGUCCGCUACUCGACCCUCACCCACAAUUGCCACAACAAGUUCGCCGACGCCGCGCUACUCGAGAGCCCUCUGCGCAAGGCUGAGCCUCUCUGGCACGGUGUCAGCCCGGCGGGCCGUCGUCUCAUUCAUGAGAUGAACCGAAUUGGACUCAUUGUUGACAUCUCUCAUACGAGUGAGGAGACACAGACUGAUGUCCUCGGAGGCAAGGACUGGGAGGGCAGCAAGGCGCCCGUGAUUUAUUCCCACAGCUCCGCCUUCAGCGUGUGCCCUCACCCUCGCAACGUCAAGGACAGCGUCCUCGAGCUGGUUAAGCAGCGUAACGCCGUCGUUCUGGUCAACUUUGCGCCCGACUUCAUUUCAUGCGUCGAGUCCGGCAAUGACAACGGCCUGCCAACGUACAUACCCGGCAACGCCACGCUCGCGCAGGUCGUCCGGCACGUGCUGCAUAUCGGUAAUCUCAUCGGCUUCGACCACGUGGGAUUCGGCUCAGACUUUGACGGCAUCGGGUCGGUACCCAAGGGUCUGGAGGAUGUGUCCAAGUACCCGGACGUCGUCGCCGAGCUGCUGAGACAGGGCGUGAGCGACGAGGAUGCGGCCAAGGUUGUUGGCGGAAACGUUCUUCGUGUAUGGAAAGAGGUUGACGCUGUUGCAGCGAAGCUGCAGAAGGAUGGCGAGCCCGUCCUUGAAGACGACCUGCCCAGCGCCAAAUAG